AUGGAAUCGGGGUCAGAUUUAGUAAUAGGGGGAGAAGGAGGAGGAUUCAUGCCCGCUUCCCUCCCCUCCCCACCUGCAUCUUCCGUGUACUCGACCUCCACCAUUACGCCGAAUCUCCCGCAACAGAGAAAACAAACCCUCAGACCAGGAAGCGCCAAAGAGAUGACAGUCAUCAACUUCGUCGACAGUCACAUACUAGCUAUAAACCGGCGGCACGCGAAGAAAUUUAGCAGCGCGUUCGCCGGGGACGAGAGUGAGACAGAUCGGGGCUAUGAGAAUUUUCGCGAGGUUGUGAAGGAUAUCGAGGCGAUUGUUGACGUGCUUUGGGUUAGCGGAACUCCAUCACUCCAAAUCCCCUACCUCAUCUCCCUAGCAGGUCUACUAAAUACCUACCUCCCGGAUUUCCCCUUCUCCGCACGCGCAACGUUCAAACUUCUCAGGAAAUUUGACACCAUCUUCGCUUCUCUGCUGCUGGGGGAGGACUUGCAAACAGGACACCCGCUACCGGGCUUCGAAGGCAAGCUUGGAGUGGUUUCCGUCACGGAGAAGGUGAGGAUUAAGAGUCUUGCGGAGAGUGCGCGGAUUAUUGUUGUCAGUGCGCAGGGGAAGGAGGACGAGGAGGACGGUGUAGGUAUGGGUAGGGAUUAUGGUGAUGACGAUGAUGACGAUGACGACGGAGGAGGAGAUCGGGAUGGGGACUAUGAGAGUGGUGGAGGGGGAAGGUCGGACCUCGAGGGCUUUGGAGACGAACUUGGGAGGUGGGAGGUGGAGUCAGGGAGGGUAUAUGAGAGGACUAUUCAGAUAUUGGGGGAUGAGUUGGGGAAGCAGGAUAGGUGAGAAAAUAUCAUAAAAGGCAUCAUUUAAUUGAUAGGAACAUGUAGUUACGUAGUAGUUGGGAAGGUACGUACGGUAGGUACGCUUAAGGUUUUAUUUCCCAGUGAUUCCAUCUCAAAACAGAUGUUGUGUUGUGCGCGUUCCUGUUAAACUUUCUCUAAUUCGUCUCGCUUCCGAGACAUGAAAAAUAAAUGCUCGUGGCCAGGCUUCGGUGUGUCUUACUUAGGUACUGUACAAGUACAAGGAUAUAUAGUCUGACAAUUGGACAGUAGUAGUACUCCAUGUCUGAGCAGGUUGUUAGUUAGUACAAUGAUGUAUAUAUAUCCAUAUAUGGAGGAUAUCCCUCUUCUUCAUACUCUGUACAGAUAUUGGUGGAUAGGGCGAUACCAGUGGUUGUAAACAAAGCAGCUUCUUGACUGUAGACAGCGUAAUUGAAUAACGACUCCUCCCUGCUUUCAUUUCGUUCUUUCUUCGAACUCGGUUUUUCUUUAUUUAACCAUUUUUCCCAUUUUUUACCGUUUUGCAUAUUUUUUUUUUUUUUUUUUUUCCCCUUCGUCCCUUGCAGCAAGCCCAAUUGCUUCCUUUCCUACAAAGUACUAAAACGGGAAUUCUUCUGGUUCAAUUUCUUCUCUCCUUUCUCCAUUUAUCUCUUCUUCUUCUCUUCCAUCUAACUCAUAACCAUCGAUUUACUUCUCCUUCCUCAUUGUUGUUGGUCGCUGGUCGUUCUUCGUUCUUCGUUGUUCGUCGUUCAGCUUUGAACCUCCCCCUUGCGCUGGUUAUCUAUCCAUUUAUUAUUUAUUUAUCCCUCUCUCUCCCUCCCGUUUGCUGGUUAGUUUUCAUU